UCUCAACAGAGAAGGAGAAAGCAGAAGAAGAGACACAACAUCAACACACUAAGUGAAAGUAUGGCAGAUGACAAGAAUCCUCUGAGCCAGCUCAAGGAUCUGGUGGAGCUGAAGGACCAGCUGGAAGACAUUCAGAGACGGGUGGAAGAUGAGAUACAGGCUGGGGUUCCUCCAGGAGGCAGUCUUCUUGCUUCUCCUUUCCUGAAGGGUUUUCUGGCCGGGUACAUUGUUGCAAGGCUACGCUCCUCAGCGUUGAUGGGUGUUGCCGUAGGAACGUGUACAGGAAUCUUUGCGGCACAAAAUUAUGCCGUUCCCAACAUUGAAAACACCGUCAAAGACUACAUACGCAACCUGAGAGGAGGACGCAAAUGAGAGGAGAGCAGGAAAAGUAAGAAAACAAGAAAGGAGUCUUCAAGAAGAGGAUGCCGGUACAGCUUCAUACGGGAACAGAUAUGUAUUUCAAAAUUUCAAAACUUUUCAGUAGUUAUUAUUUUCAGCUUCCACAUGGAUCAGUAAAUAGAAAAAAA